AGCAAUGAAUUGAUAAAGAUCUGGACUCCUAGCUGGUACAUAACAAUACAGAGCGGUAUGGUUUGAGAGUAAUGUUUUUUCAACAUGGCCAGCUUGCAGUCCUACUCCAAUCAACUGAGGCACUGAUAUGCAUUAGAAGCAGCUCAGACCGACUCCUCAUUGCUUGCUGUUCUAUAACUUGUCUUGACUUAUGGCGGUCUCACUCCACUACCAGGUUAUUCCGUUACCAGAGAUCAGAAGAAUCCGUAACAGAGUACGGUAAAAACAAGUUCCUCUACUUCCGAGCGGAUGGUUCAGGAUUAGCAGUGGUCACCCACACCGGCUACAUCAUUCUCUUUGAAAUCAGGUUAGACCUGGCGGUCCCCUCCUCCUACCGCUGCACUGACAACAGAACCGGGAACCCACUUCACGAGAGUAUUGGCACGGUCCCCUCUAUUAUCCUGGAAGCAACAACUGUUGUCAACGCUGAGGAGGAAGUGACGUCACUGACAGGGCUCAGUAAUGAACUGAUGUUGUUUACAACUGCUGGUGGGGCUGUUAAGCAGUUCUUUUGGGAUGACGGGCUCAUAUUGGAGGAUUACACACAUGAUAUCUCUCAGUUUUAUUUUACUGACCCAAACGAACAUUCGUAUGCUCCGGAGAAUGAUAUUUAUGUGAAAAAUUUGUGUUAUUCUCAUGCUCUUGACAUCGCUGCUGUGACUUUCUCCAAUGGUCGAGGAGCGUACCUGUCUUCGAAUGAUUUCUUCAAACCCCGAACAGUCCACGCUCUUUUGGCCACAAACGUCCAGAACGCAACCUGUGCCUCCAUAAAUCCCCGAUAUCAUCUCAUAGUGUUCGGAACAGAAUCAGGAGAUGUGUUUGUCAACAUUCUGAACUACGAUAAUGGUUUACUAAAUUUGUCACAUCAGCUGAUAGGAUAUUUGGAUGGAGAAGAAGGAGGUAGAACCCCCGACCAGAGUGCGGUACUGAAACUGUUCUGGACGCCAGAUUGUUGCUGUUUGUGUGCUGUGUACGCCUCCGGUACCAUGUACAUGUGGUCAGUGUAUGGUACGUUCCUGUACACCUGCUCAGUUCCAAUCUCUUUGGGAUGUUUUGAUCUUGAGGGCUACAAUUUGUGGGCUAUCUCUGGGGUCCAGCUUUAUAAGAUCCCCUUUUUAAAGAGCCCGUUAACUGUCAACAACGUCAGUAACAAUCAGGAACACAUUAUCCUCCAGUCUUCUAGCCAGGUCUUUAUUCUACCUAACAGAUUCCCGCCAAAAUCAGGUCUCUCCGUCUACGGUAGUAUUUACUUGGGAGAGUCUGAGGUUUAUGAUACUCCGUAUCAAUCCUUCAUCGCGUCCUUGGGCAGCCCUUUAGAAAACUGGCCCUGGCAAGUUAUCCAAGUUCCCGAUAUAUACUCUAAUAAUAACUGUCCCCUGAGAUUUGUCGCUAUUGGUGCGUCGGGCCAAUGCACUGCAGUUGCUGGAACACGGGGAUUUGCGUUUUAUAUAUCAGCGAAACACAAAUGGAGAUGUUUCGGGAACGAAGCUCAGGAACAAUCAAUGAUAGUCCGGGGAGGAAUGCUGUGGUGGCAUGGCAUCCUGAUAGUGGCUGCUUAUCACCCUGAUGAUAAACAGAGCUGUAUCUACAUGUACCCUCACCACAACAGUAUAGAUCAGAACUCUGUGGUGUGCAGUAUUCCCAUACCUUCAUCUAUUAUUGCUAUCAAUACUUACGAGGACUACCUUAUCGUGGUGACCGGAGCGAGCAAGGUUGCGGUCUUCCUUCUUGCCAUGUCCGUCUCCCCGGCUCUUGAUGUUGAGAUGAGCCACCAGAAGAUUCUAGAGUUUUCCAUUGCAAAGUACACGCCACACCCUUGCGCGGUUUUGAGUGUGCACGUGUCCCCCCUACUGUCGGACGCAAGCAUUCCUUCUACUGGUCUCAAGUCAGUGUUAAUCAAUGUAGCUGGGAAACUUCUUAUGUUUGAGAUUACGGAUACCAGCGAAGUUGGCAAACCGAUCACAAUCGCAACAAACGUGGAGUCUGUCUCGUGUCCCAGUAGAUCUAGUAAAUACCUGGGAGCCGCGCUCUGGUUGAACUGUGGCGCGCGUGGAAUGCGUGUCUGGCUCCCUCUACACGGCUCUAAAGAGGACCUUAGUUCCAGAAGGACUCUGGUGACCGUGAAGCAAAACGUUUAUCCUCUGGUGGUUCACCAUCACGAGGCAGCCAUCUUAGGUAUCCCUGUCGACUCUCUUCGGUGUAGAUCUGAAACCUUCCUUCACAUUAUGCUACAUGAGUUGGUCGUUAAAAACCUUGAGAAACACGCCUACUCCAUCGCCAAGAUGUGUGAAAAGUUGCCCUACUUCCAUCACACAUUAGAGCUAAUGAUACACAAGGCGUUGGAGUCCGACAUGUCACAUUACCCCAAUGGUAUGUUGGAAGAUGCUGUGCUCCCUCACGUAAUACGGUUCAUGAGGCCACUCCCCCGCUAUCUAUCAGCUGUGGCGCACUGCGCGCGCAAAACCGAGAUGAUGCAAUGGGAAUACCUUUUUCAGUCAACCGGCGUUGUUACAGAUCUUCUUGACGAAUGUCUUGAGCAACACUCACUAGACACAGCUAUCCUUUACCUUGUCAUACUCCAGAACCUCCACCCUCUUCAAGUCAGCAGAAACUACAUCGUCAAACUUCUAGAAGCUUCCAUAGAAGAAAACAGAUGGGACCUGGGGGUGGACCUGUUGCGGUUCUUACACGCUAUAAGUAACGAGAGUGAGAAGUACCCCGGAGUCAGGCAGAAGAAGUUAACUGGACCUUCAGAGCUAGCUAUUAGGUUACGCAGAUCAUCGGAGAGCUUUGAUGACGAGUGUCCCUUAUCACCGGCUACACCUGGUAUCGAGAAUGCAACAUAUGACAUGCUCACCAACCCUCCCGACGAAGAAGGACUCAGUGACAAGAAACGUGCGCAGCGCAUUAUCACGCACCAUGCGCACAAACUCCUCAAGUCCUGUCAGUUUGUUAGGUUGGGUGAAAUGUGCUAUUAUCUCAAAUUUGACUUGCUUCAGUUCCUGCAGAACGAGCGUCAGAAUAUGUGUGAUAUAGACGAUCCAGCCCAUGUUUUUAUGUCAAUACACGAGGAAUUCCACUGGCCAUAUCCCGAUAUUAUCCCAAGAAUUCUAUCACACCCCAAGGUAUCAUCCAACAUCAAUGUGAUAUCAGUUAACUCUGACACCGACUCCAAAUUCAUGGCAGAACCUCACGAUUACGAGGAAAGAGUAGACUUUAUCUCCGAUACUGUUAGUAUAUACGAGGGAUCAGUCUACUCUGAGUGCAGGGUUGAGAUAGACCCUACCAUCCUGGCAGAGGCCCUGAAACGGGGCACUCCUGAGAGCGACGAUAAACUGGCACACUUUCUUAACAUGUUUAUGGAUGCUGAGGUUUACAACUAUGCGCUACUGUUUGCUCUGGUCCUCCGAGACGUUGAGGCAAUUAAUAAGGUUGUAAGAAAGGACCCCUCCUCAUUGAUGCUGUCUAUCUUGAUGGCUAUAGAUUGUUGGGGCCACCAGGAAAGUGGUGGAUACUCACUCUUCCUCCAAUCUCUAAAACCCUUCAUAGCCCCCCUUUUCCCCACCUCAGUCAACGACCUCAAACUCAAACCUCUUGUUAAAAUCAGCAGUCUCUCCUCUGUGACGUCAUCCAACUCAGCGAGCCAGGAGAAGGAACCACCUGUAACCAGCUUGUCAAGCAAGAAGGAAGGAAAGGAACACUGGCCACUGAAUGAGAAUAAAGAGACGGUAUUUCACCUGGAGAACAAUAUGAAUAGUCUUUCUGUAACGGACGAUAGUCAGUCUUCAUGCACUGUUUCUUAGUGUUGAAAAUGUAUGUGUUGUUCGAAUAUUGAUGAAUAAUUGUAUAAAAUUUAACGCUGGGCAAGAAGUUUGAAUUUGAAAAUACUGGAUUAUUAUAUAUACAAAUUUGUUUCAUUAAGAUAAUGUGCGUUGUGAUGUUUUAAUAAGGCUCAUUUAAAUGCUGUCUGUGUAAUAUCUUUUAUAAUGUUAUAAUGGUAAUUAUGGUAAUCACGAUAAACCAACCAUGCCCUCUUCUGAAGUUCUGAGAUGGGGAUCUGAUAUGUCAUAAUAUGAUGGGUAUGAUCUAUCUUAUAUCUGAUCUAUCCUAUAAAGAAACUAGGUAUUGUAGAAAUGCGAUUUUAUGGUGGUCAAUUUGUUCAAUCACUUUUGUACCGCUUGUGAUUUUUUAAAAGUGCAUGAUCCUGAUUAUAGAUAUAUGAUGUUUAUUAACAAUUUUGUACAUAAUUUGAAAUUUCUUGUAUAUUAUUAGGGGCUAUAAUCUUAUCAAACACAAGUAAGAAUAUAGGAAAUUCUUUAGAGCUUUUGUCGGCUUGUUUUUGGGGAAAAAUUUACAUAGAUUUACUAAUCGAAAGACAAUCAAGAAUCACAUUAUUCUUGAUCCCUAUAAUAUUAGAAAUUGAUAUAAUAAUAUAUAAUCUGUCUUUUUUAUGUAUCUAUUUGA